AUGAGUGUCGUUGGUAUCGAUUUCGGAACCCUCAAGACUGUCAUCGCCGUUGCUCGAAACCGCGGUGUCGAUGUUGUCACCAAUGAAGUCUCAAACCGAGCAACUCCUUCCCUGGUAGGAUUCGGACCAAAGUCUCGUUACCUCGGAGAGGCCGCCAAGACCCAGGAAAUCUCCAACCUCAAGAACACUGUCAGCUCUCUCAAGCGUCUUGCUGGUCGACAAUUCAACGACCCCGAUAUUCAGAUUGAGCAGCAAUAUGUGACCGCUCCUCUGGCCGAUUGUAAUGGCCAGGUCGGUGCUGAAGUCAACUAUCUGGGCAAGAAGGAGAAGUUCACUGCCACUCAGCUGGUUGCCAUGUACUUGAGCAAGAUUAAGCAGACCGCUGGAGCUGAACUCAAGCUGCCUGUUCAAGACGUCUGCCUGAGUGUGCCACCUUGGUUCACUGAUGUUCAGCGCCGUGCUCUUAUCGACGCCGCCGAGAUCGCUGGCCUCCGUGUUCUCCGUCUCAUCAACGACGGCACAGCCGCCGCUCUUGGCUGGGGUAUUACAAAGCUCGACUUGCCUGCCCCUGAGGAGGCUCCCCGCCGUGUCUGCUUCGUCGAUAUCGGCCACAGCAGCUACACUGUCUCCAUUGUCGAGUUCAAGAAAGGUGAGCUCGCUGUCAAGGCCACCACCUGGGACAAGGACUUCGGUGGUCGUGACUUCGAUCGCGCUCUCGUCGACCACCUCGCCAAGGAGUUCAAGGGCAAAUACAAGGUCGACAUCAUGACCCACGGCCGUGCCCUUGCCCGUACUAUCGCCGCCGCUGAGAAGACAAAGAAGAUUCUAUCUGCCAACCAACAAGCUCCUGUCAACAUUGAGUCUCUCAUGAACGACAUUGAUGCCUCUGCCAUGAUCACUCGCCAGGAGUUCGAGGCCAUGAUCGAGCCCCUCCUUGCCCGAACCCACCUUCCCCUCGAGGAGGCCCUUGCCCAGGCUAAGCUUACCAAGGACGAUAUCGAUGUUAUUGAGGUCGUUGGUGGUGGUUCUCGUGUCCCUGCUCUCAAGGAGCGCAUCCAGGAGUUCUUUGGAAAGCCCCUAUCCUUUACCCUUAACGCCGACGAGGCUCUUGCUCGUGGCUCUGCCUUCAGCUGUGCCAUUCUCUCCCCUGUCUUCCGUGUCCGAGACUUCUCAGUCCAGGACAUCAUCAGCUACCCCAUUGAGUUUGCCUGGGAGAAGGCUCCCGAUAUUCCUGAUGAGGACACCAGUCUGACUGUCUUCAACAAGGGCAACGUCAUGCCCUCGACCAAGAUCCUUACUUUCUACCGAAAACAGCCCUUUGAUCUCGAGGCCCGAUAUGCCCAGCCUGAGCUACUCCCCGGCAAGACUAACCCCUGGAUCGGCCGUUUCUCUGUCAAGAACGUCAAGGCCGAUGGUAAGGAUGACUUUAUGAUUUGCAAACUCAAGGCCCGUGUCAACAUCCACGGUGUCCUGAACGUCGAGACUGGUUACUACGUUGAGGAGGAGGAGGUUGAGGAGGAGGUUAACGAGGAUCCCGAUGUGAGUUUGUCCGAGCCGUAUAUGGCGCCAAAUGAUUUCCCCCCUGCCCAAGGUCAAGACUCGGCCUCUUCAUCAUCCGCAUCCGUUGGAGAUGAUAGCCAGGAAUAUCCUGCAAAGCGCCCGCGACUCGACGAUGAAGAACCUGACUCGUCUCGUUCCGCUUUCGGUGUUCCAGAACAUUUAGAAGAAUCAAUUUAUGAAAGCCGAUCGCUAACAUCCGUUUCCCAAAAGGCCAUGGAGACCGAUAAGGAUGCCCCUAAGAAGACUCGCAAGGUGAAGAAGCAGGUCCGCAAGGGUGACCUGCCCAUCUCCACAGGUAGUGCCUCUCUUGACGACUCCACCAAGGCCAGCCUUCUUGAGAAGGAGGCUGCCAUGGUUAUGGAGGACAAGCUUGUCGCCGAUACCGAGGAGAAGAAGAACGAGCUCGAGGCUUACAUCUACGACCUUCGUGCCAAGCUCGACGAGCAGUACUCCGAGUUUGCCAGCGAAGAGGAGAAGCAGACCAUCAAGGCCAAGCUUGAAGCCACAGAGGAUUGGCUGUACGAGGAGGGCGAUGAUACCACAAAGGGUGUGUAUGUUGCCAAGAUCGACGAGAUCCGCGCCAUGGCUGGUCCCAUUGUUCAGCGCCAUUUUGAGAAAGUCGAGGCUGAACGACAAGCUGCUCUGGAGAAAGCCGAGGCCGAGCGGGCUGCCAAGAAGGCUGAGGAGGAUGCUCGCAAGGCUGCGGAGGCCGAGAAGGCCAACGCAGACCAGGAGAUGAAGGAUGCUGACGCUCCGCAACAGGAGACUGAGGCCUCUGCUGACCCCCAGUAA